AUGGAAAUAGCAGAGCUGGAUUAUGUGUUGGUCCCAGUUGGGGUGCUGGUGCUUGGAAUAUAUCACGCGUGGCUUCUCUACACCAUAAUCAGGCACCCUUCUCGCACCGUCAUUGGCUUGAACGCUCAAUCUCGUUAUCAAUGGGUUCUUUCUCUCAUGGCUGAUCCCCUGAAGAAUGGAGUUCUGGCGGUUCAAACAAUCCGCAACAACAUCAUGGCAUCAACGCUUCUGGCAACAACAGCAAUCACACUCAGUUCACUAAUCGGCGUUUUCGCCAACACCGACUCCGAAACCGAAUUGGUUUAUGGUAACAAAAGUUCCCUUAACUCUGCUAUCAAGAGGCUCUCCAUAUCGUUGUGCUUCCUUGUUGCAUUCCUCUGUAACAUGCAGUCUAUCAGAUACUACGCGCACGUGAGCUUCUUGAUCACUUCACCUGCACUCAAAGGGAAGACGGAUUUCAUUGAGUAUGUUGCCAAGACAUUGAACCGUGGAAGUGUUUCUUGGUCCCUCGGACUCAGGGCUUUCUACCUGUCUAUUCCUCUUGUCCUUUGGAUCUAUGGCCCCAUUCCCAUGUUUGCUUGUUCCUGCUUCACCUCUUUCGCCUUGUACUUCUUGGACACUACCACUCAGAUCACCAGAGAUCUUCACAUUAAGUCCUUCAAACACACCGACAUCGACAUCCACCACAUGCAACCUGCACCCUAACCCUACCUCCA